AUUACUAAACCAUAGCAUGAACAUAUUUAGUGGCUGUUUAAAGGCGCGAGCAUUCGGGCUUAAUGAGCAUUAGGAUGUGGCAUCGCGUAAACAUCUGAACGGGACAGUAGUAGUGAGACACAUGAACUUAUAUUGCUUAAUUUUUAUUCAUUAGGCUCAAUUUCAGGUCACGAUCGAGGGCCUGCUUUCCUAUGGCUUGAUAAUAUUUAAUUGUAAUUUUAUUAAAACUUUUAUUAAUAGAUUUUCAUUCCAGCACAAAAAAUGUAAUUAGUAACAGUAGGCCAAACAAAUUCUCCGAUUUUAUAAUCUACACACUAAAAUACAUCUUUGUAAAUGGAUAAGAAGUAAAAUUUACUUCAUGACUAUCUACCUACUUUGUUUUAAUGCAGCAUCAGUUAUAUUCGUAUAUUUAUAUAUUAUACCCUAUUCUUCUGCAAACAUUUUUAUUGUUAUUCUAAUAGGUACUUCUUUUCCUGAAUUUUUAAAUGUUUAUUUGGUUAUAAUGCAUUAAUAGUAGGUAGGCGAUUUCUUAGAUCCAGAUCAUAAACAUCGUUAUCAGUGUGUACUUUGAUAUAAAAAAAUUACGCAAAACGAUUUCGACAAUGAUAAUAAGUACACCUAUCGAUGAUAAGCCGAUUCACACGAGACCCCUACAUAAAUCUAAUUUGUAAUAUUAUAUCUCAUAACGCGAAAGUGCUUUAUAGCAGCAGCCAUGGCAUCUACAAAAUUAUUGUUGUUAUCUUUUACUAUUAUUUGUCUAGCACAAUUUAUUAAAACGGAUUAUAUAGCUGCCGUAGUAGAAUAUCAACCAAUAAAUGGAACUGCCCCAAAUGAAACCGUGGAAUCGAAUAUAGCUCAAUAUGUAUACAACAUUGAGCAAGCACGAAACAGCAAGGUUCAAAUAAUUGUUUUUCCCGAGUAUGGUUUAACUGGUUUGGUUUUUAACCCAACCGGAUAUGCAAUAGAAAUUCCUAAUCCUGGAGAUAAUACCACAUAUGAACAUUACUGGCUUCAAAAACUAGCAAAUGCUGCUGUGGCACAUUCAAUGUAUGUGGUGCUUAAUUUACUCGAACAAGAAAAAGAUAAUAGGAAUAAUACAACGUAUUACAAUACUAAUAUCGUAUUUGAUAAAUAUGGAAAACUUGUCGCAAAAUACCGCAAGAUCAAUGUAUACGAAGAGCCAGCAAUAACACCUGGAAGUUACAAUCAGAACCAAAAUACUUUUGUAACUGAUUUUGGUAUAACUUUCGGAACUUUCACAUGUUACGAUAUAACUUUCUUCAAUCCUGCCAGAUCUGUGUUAUCUAAAUCUGUCACAGAUAUAGUUUAUCCAACUGCUUGGCAUUCAUUUUUACCUUUCCAUCACUCAUUAUCGAUUCAAUCUGGCUAUGCUCUCGCUAAUAAAGUUAACCUCUUGGCGGCGAAUCUGAACAAUGUAGAAGAAGGAAUUGGCGGAAGUGGUAUUUACGGUGCCAAUGGAAGUAUUUUUAGUUAUUAUCUAUCAGGAAGUGAAGGAAGCAAGCUUCAAAUUGCUACUGUAAAAAAUGUUCCAACACAUAAUAAUACGGCUUUCAAUACAUUUGGUUUUGAAGUAUUGGACGACAAUAUACCAACAUUGGCCAAUUUUAAGGCGAAGAGAUAUUUUGAAAGCGACAAAUACGAGUUCAGAAGGUUGAACCUUUCUCAACACAUCGUCAAAGAUGAAGUUUGUCACAAAUAUUUCUGUUGUGUUUUCACUGUUAACGCAUCUUCUUCUAACGCUUCUGAAGUAUAUCAGAUUAUGGCUUUUAAAGGUCAAAUAAGAGCUGGGGAGAUUACAGAUGUGAAACUAUGUGCUCUUCUUGCCUGCGAGAGUGAAGAUAUAAACACUUGCGGGGAAAGAAACGCCAAAUCAACGGCCAAAUUUGAAUCGAUAACUGUCGAAACGAGCAUGCCAGAUGGGCCUGAACAAUAUUUUCUUCCUAUUUCAUUAAAUGCUGAUUUGAAUCCAAUUUCUAAUACCGUUUUCAACAAUACUAUUAAUGGCGAUACUAGAACAAUUAAAUAUCACUAUUCGAACCUAAAACAACAGAAUAUUAUUGCAUUUGGUAUUGUAGGAAAUAGUGGUGUUACUUUAAGUUUCAAUUUUGUUUUAAUAGCGGCUAUUUUGGUUUUAAAUUAUUUAUAUUACUAAAGAAGCCAUUAGUAAUAAAUUUAUAUUUUAUUUUUGCUUUAAUACAAUAUAUUUCACUUUUAUAACAAAUUUUUUGUACUCCGUUUAAUUCUGUAUCUGUUUUUUUUUUAAUAAAUUAUAGUUUUAA